AUGGCGGUCCCCCGGCCUUCACAGCAACUGCGGGUCCUGCUCCACCACCCGCCAACUUGGCUAUACCGGCUGUUUCCUCUGGUCUGCUCAACUCCUGGAUCUGCUCUACCGGCAGCUUCUGCGCCGGCCAUUUUAUUGGAUCUGUUGAUCCCCGCACCUGCCCAAGUGGCAACCAAGAAGAAGCCCUGCCGGAAGAAAAAUUGCUUUGUCAGCGCACCUGUCUUGACUGCAACUCCGGCUUAUGCUCAGUUGGCCGCUUUGGUGGCGGUGGCUCCCCCAGCACGGACUCCUGCGACUGGGAACAAGCGCAUCCGGCCAACUAAGAAGGCUAUUGCAAACCCGGGCAACCCAGACCAGGAAACAGAGCAGCCCUCAACAGCUAACAAGGAACGGCAUUCAACGGCUGCAAGCAAGGUUGUUUCUUUUUGGAACAACCACCAGGCUGAGGCAGCAGUCCUCAUACCAAAGAAGGCAGGGAGAGGGUGUGGUAAGAAGGCCCAGGGGGCUUGA